GGCCCCUCCGCCGGCCACGACUUCUCGCGAGAAGAGGACCGGGAGGCAGGGCUCCGGAGCCGGGGGCGGGGGCGGGGCCGGCGGAGGGGCGGCCUCUGGAGGGUCCGCGGUCGCAAGGCGGCGGCGGCGGCGGCGGCGGCGAGGUUCCUGAGCACAGUGUCCAGCCUCUACAUGAAGCUGAAGUGACCGGAUCCAGGUGACAGGGCCCCGCCCACCGGGGACAGCAUGACCCAGACGCGGCUCUUCCGCCUGUGGCUGGUCCUGGGCUCGGUGCUCAUGAUCCUCGUGAUCAUCGUGUAUUGGGACAACGUGGGCACCGCCCACUUCUACCUGCACACGUCCUUCUCCAGGCCACACCCCCUGGAGCCCCGCCCCACACCCGGCCGAGGGGCGGAGCGGGAGUCGGCGUCAGACGCCGGCGAGGUUUUGGAGCAGCUGCUGGGCGCCGGCCCCAGGCGGGCGGCUGCCGCCUCCGGGACACAGACGGAGGCGCCCCCGCCGCCGGCGUCCGGCAGGCCUGCGCUCGGCAACAUGGAGGAGCGCGUGCGGGGCUACGACUGGUCCACGCACGACGCGCAGCAGAGCCCGGACCCCGACGGGCGGCAGGCGGCGCGCAGGAGCGUGCUGCGCGCCUUGUGCGCCAACGCCAGCUUCGUGUUCCCCAGCAAGGAGCGCUCCUUCGACGACAUCCCCAACUACGAGCUGAACCACCUCAUCGUGGACGACCGCCACGGCGUCAUCUACUGCUACGUGCCCAAGGUGGCCUGCACCAACUGGAAGCGCGUGAUGAUCGUCCUGAGCGAGAGCCUGCUGCAGCGCGGCGCCCCGUACCGCGACCCGCUGGACAUCCCCCGGGAGUACGUGCACAACUCCAGCACCCACCUCACCUUCAACAAGUUCUGGCGGCGCUACGGCAGGUUCUCGCGCCACCUCAUGAAGGUCAAGCUCAAGAAGUACACCAAGUUCCUGUUCGUGCGCGACCCGUUCGUGCGCCUCAUCUCGGCCUUCCGCAGCAAGUUCGAGCUGGAGAACGAGGAGUUCUACCGGAAGUUCGCCAUCCCCAUGCUCAGGAUGUACUCCAACCACACCAGCCUGCCCGCGUCCGUGCGCGACGCGUUCAGCGCCGGCCUCAAGGUGUCCUUCAGCAACUUCAUCCAGUACCUGCUGGACCCCCACACCGAGAAGCUGGCUCCCUUCAACGAGCACUGGAGGCAGGUGCACCGCCUGUGCCACCCCUGCCAGAUCGACUACGACUUUGUGGGGAAGCUGGAGACGCUGGACCAGGACGCCGCCCAGCUGCUCAGGCUCCUGAAGGUGGACAAGCUGCUCCACUUCCCCCCGAGUUACCGGAACCGAACUGCCAGCAGCUGGGAGGAGGACUGGUUUGCUCAAAUCCCCCUGGCCUGGAGGCGGCAGCUUUACAAGCUCUACGAAGCUGACUUUGUUCUCUUUGGCUACCCCAAGCCCGAAAACCUCCUUAGAGACUGAAGGCCUUAGGGGAACGUGGCGAUCACCAAAAACGCAAUAAAACAGCGCGCUUGGAUUGUUAGUUUAAAACACUGCAGGGUCUGCUGCACCGCCGCCAUGUUCCCGAGGAUGCAGCCGUGGGUUGCCACAUGCAGUUUUUAUGGCCUCUUUUCCCUCCCAGUUAACACAUGGCAGAAUGCCACGAUGCUCCGGUCGGCAGGGCGGCUGGAAACCCUGCAGCGGACCACACCCACACUCCGGUUUUUAAAACUACCAACGAUUUUGCAAUCUAGACUUAUUGUUUACUCCACUGCCUGUAUGAAUUGAGUACUGUGUUAAUAUUGUUUUUUAAGAUUAAUAUAUUUCAGAUAUUUAAUAUGAGAAGGGGAGGAGGAAAUGACGGAGUAAACGUCACAUCUGCUCCUUCUGCCUGUUCUGUGCUUAUUCUGGUGGAGCGAGAAACAAAGUACCGGGCUCUGUGUGAUGUAAUGCCUGGUGGUUAGUCAACUCAGGGAGGGGACGUUUUGUGGUUGUCUUCAGCCAAAGGAGGAACCCCAGUUGGAAAUCAGACCUGACCUGUAUUUGUUAAAGCAUAACGGACAGGUGCUUCCAAAGCGAGUGCUCUUUUAUUUGGGGAUGUAGCAGAAAAGGGAAAGUGGUUACAUAGGGUUUAUGUUUGAGCUCGAGCCAAACGUAAGCCAUGCUUCGAGGUCACAGUUGCAGAGGUAGGAUUCCAGGGCCAGCGGUUCCUUUUUGUGGGCGUAGGACUUGCAGUGGCGGGGAUGGUGUGGGUAGGAGUCUCUGCCUCCAGCAAGGAGAGGCUCCACGUGGUUUCCAUUGCAAGCCUGGCUGGUUGGGCUUGGCUCCUAUGACGUCCGCCCUUAAGGACGUCCCUGACACCGGGGUCGGUGGUCCUGACUUGGUAACGCCAUCUACUAGUCCAGGAAGGCUCUUUCUGAACACCUGGUUCAAACUCCUUUGUGGUUUUUGCUGUGAACGCAUAAUUGGUGAGAAGUGUGCAGUCAUUUUGUGGUAUUUGGGCCUCCCGUGUACCCAUCUGUAGUAUUGGGUCCUCGACGCCCAUUUCCUGAAGAGCUGGCAGCGGGCUUAGAAGCCUCCACUCGUGUCUCCUUGCUCUUGCUGUCUUGUCUGAGCAUGUGGCCUCUGGGUAUGAGGUGAGCAGCUCAGUUUACACUCGGGGCCCUGCGGUGUUAGAAACCACCUCCCUCCUUUUGAAGCCCCCCUUCUUUUUAUAAAACUAUCAUAGCAGAUAUUCAGACUUGCAGAGCCCAGUUUCAGAACACUUGUCUGAAGAGCCAUCGUCACUUUGGAAGUCUGCCAGGAUACCUGUUCACACAGUUGUCUGCGGCACCUUGUGUGCUGGGCUGUAGCUCACCAACCCAACAAGGUGGCUCUGCCUCGGGGGGACUCUGUGGCCUUAAGUGUGACGUGAGAUCCCAGGCCAGCGGGCUGAGCGCCUCCAAGGUCUGCAUCAGAGGAGUGAGAGGUGAGGCAGGCUUCCUGAGGAAGAUGGCACCUGAGCUCAGCCUGAGGUUGGAGAAGGCUUUGCCAGUCAGACAGGUGCGUGACCCCAGCAAAAGUGCAGGUGCAUGUGAGCAGCACGCGGUAGACGUCGUUCAUUGCUGAGUAUGUCCGUGUGUCACUUUGUCUCUGAAGCCCAUGUGUUGUUAGUGUCCUUUUCUCGGGGGGUUGGGGGGGCACCCAGUGGCAGAGACUAGGUAGAGGCAGGGUUUGGAUCCGGGUGUGUUGCAGGCCUGGUGCGCUUCCCUGCCUCCCUAUGGGUGGGCAGGGGUCGUACGUGCUUAGAGGAGGGCUAGUGGAGAGCCAGUGCCUUUUGGGCGCAGACCCAGGAGUGGAGUCGCUGGGUGAUACCUGACCUGGUGGCUUUAGGAGCUGAGUCAGUGUGGGGAAACCUGCAUACGUCACUGGCACCUUUGUCUUGAGUCAUGUAAGAUAAACACAGGGCCAGAGGUGAGCUUAGAGAAGGUCCUGGGAAAACAGGACUGCGUGGGGUUCGGUCUCCUCCACAGGGACUGGCUACUCUGGGUCUUGGUCACCGGAUGAAGCUGCAUAGCUGCCGUUCUUCAAAACAGGCCGUAUGUUUAAGGUGAAUAAUGUAAGGAUUUGAAUAUCUCUCCAGCCACCUUCGGCGUGCUCGUGGCCUCCACCUCUGUUCCUAUUUUCUCACUGAAAUGUGUGUGUUUCCAGAAUGUUCAGACGUGUCAAAACUCACUGGGCUGUGGGCUCACUAAUGGCAGUGCCAUGUAUCCUUCCUUUCUUCAUCCCUGGUGAAGGGGGCCCCCCUUAACCCCUGUUCCGGGGUGUGUGCCCGAGAACUCGUUCCUCUUCUUUGUCAUUUCCCUGAUCCACAGAAUAACAUCUUGGAGAGAAAUUUGUCUCUAUAUGGUUUGUGGUACAAAAUCCUCUGUGUCAUCGCCGAGCCCCAGCAUGGCCACCAGGGCACUGCUUGUCACAGCCAAGGAGACGGAGGGGGGAGACUCGUCCAGCAGCCGG